AUGUUCGAGCCGAAGAAGGGCCUGAAAAAGCCCAACUGGAAGAAGCUGACGCCCAAUAAGGUGCAGGAGAACUCAAUCUGGACGCAGGUGCAGACGGAUGAGGCCGUCGUCUCCGAUGACCUGAUUGACUCUCUGGUGGAGAACUUUGCCUCCGCCUCGGCGGCCGUUGGUGGCGCCUUUGGCGGCAAAGGCGGCGCCGGCGGUGGCCCCGGCGACCGGAACUCAGUGGCAAACGGUGCCGGCAAUGGAAAGGCGAGCGGCGCGGCCAGCUCAAAGAAGGUCAUCAAGUGUCGGGUGCUCAGUGAUAAGACGGCGCAGAGUUUAGGCAUUCUUCUCGGAGCACUAAAGAUGAGCCCUGAAGAUCUCUCCCGCGAUGUGAUCACCAUGAAUGAGGAGCACCUCUCCGAGAACAUUCUCGGCCAGAUUCUGCACUACAUGCCCACAUCAGAGGAGCUGACCAAGCUGAAUGAACUCGCCAAGCAGUUGCCCAUUGAGGAGUUUCACCAGGCGGAGAAGUUUCUCGGCUCUAUCAAGGGACUACCGAAACGGCUGCAACACAUGCUCUUCAAGAUGAAGUUCAACGAAGUGCUCACCGAGGUGAAAAAAGACAUUGUCAGCUUUACGAUGGCCUGUGAGGAGGUGCGCAAGUCGACCAAGUUCAAGACGGUCAUCGAACUGGUUCUGGGCAUCGGCAACGUCAUGAACGCCGGGGGUCGAAACGCUCGGGCCAUUGGUUUUGAGAUCAGUUUCCUGCCUAAACUGAACUCCACCAAAACGGUAGACAACAAAAGUACACUGCUGCACUUUAUCGCCGCCAAAAUGGAGGAGAAGUUCCCCGAGUCGGCCAAGUUCUACUCUGACCUGAUGAACGUCGACAAAGCGGCAAAGGCUUCUCCGGACAACAUCGUCAAGCUGCUGUCCUCGAUGAAGUCGAGCAUCAAAUCGCUGGACCUCGACCUGAAGAACUUCAAGGCCCAUUCGGAGGAGGACCGCUUCGGCUCGGUGAUGCGCGACUUUGCCGACCACGCCAUCGAGCAGUACAGCAUUCUGGAGGGCAUGCACAAGCGGAUGGAGGCGCUCUACCUCGACCUGGCCGCCUACUUCAGCUUCGAGCCGAAGCAGUACACCAUGGACGAGUGCUUCGGCGACAUUAAGCUCUUUAAGGACCAGUACAUCGCCGCGGCGGCGGAGAACGUCGCCCGGCGGGAGAUGGAGGAGAAGGCAAGGCGGGCGAAGGAGCAGAAGGAGAAGAUGGAGAAGGAGAAGCGGGAACGGGCGAGCAACAAGAUCGCCAUUCCCACCUCGGGCAGUGACACCAAUGACCAGGGGCUGAUGGAGCACCUGCUCAACUCGCUGCACAGCGGCACCGCCUUCGCCCAGCGGCGGAAGCGGCCCAAGGCGGUCACACCUCAGGAUCGCCGCCAACAGCUGAGCCGAUCUCGUUCUCGAUCUUCACUGGACCAACGUGGCGGUUCGCUGCUGACGCCCGCCACGCCUACCUCUGCCGGUCCUCAGCAAGGUGAAAGUACGGGCG